CGGCAGAACACACAACCCACAAACGCUGAAACACCUCUCUAGGAAACACCACUCAACAUAAAAAAUCCCAAUGGCCUCCUCUUCCAGCUUCCUUCUGGUUGCACUCCUCGCGUUGGCCUCAUGGCAGGCAAUGGCUUCUGAUCCAAGCCCUCUCCAGGACUUCUGUGUGGCUGACAAUAGCUCACAUGUACUUGUUAAUGGGUUUGUCUGCAAAGACCCAAAGGAGGUGACUGCGGAGGACUUCUUCUUAGCGGCCAAACUUGACAUGCCUAGGGACACAAAGAUGAGCAAGGUGGGAUCCAUUGUCACACUGCUCAAUGUCAUGAGGAUCCCUAGUCUCAACACACUGGGUAUCUCCUUAGCACGCAUUGACUAUGCACCUUUGGGGGAGAACCCACCACACACUCAUCCUCGUGCCACUGAGAUCCUCACCGUGCUUGAAGGGACACUCUAUGUUGGCUUUGUCACAUCUAACCCAGAGAACAAGCUCUUUUGGAAGGUCCUCAACAAGGGUGAUGUGUUUGUUUUCCCACAAGGACUCAUUCACUUCCAGUUCAACCCCAACCCCUACAAGCCAGCAGUUGCAAUCGCUGGACUUAGCAGCCAAAACCCAGGGGCCAUAACCAUUGCGAAUGCUGUGUUUGGUUCGAAGCCGCCAAUCUCAGACGAUGUUUUGGCUAAGGCCUUUCAGGUGGAGAAGAAGACUGUGGACUGGCUCCAGGCUCAAUUCUGGGCUGACAACCACAAUUAAUUAAAUGUUGGACUACUAAACUAGAAUUUUACAACAAUGAUAUGUAUUGUGUACUAAUAAGAUUGUUUGUUGUAUGUAAAUAUAUAUGUAUCAUGUAUUAUUCAUUUGAUUGGGAGUUGAAUAAAUAUUUGUAUUGUAAGGCUAGUGUUACACACAUGAGACCACAUUUGAAUCUUA